AUACGACAGCUUAUAUAUAACUGCUCUUCCCGAUUCGCUCAAAAGAACGCAACGAAACCCUAGAUAUUGAAUUCGAGUGAGCUGUCACAUUCAGAGGCGUCUUGACCGAUUUCCUAUUUAUAAAGUGAGGCACGCCUAUAUUAAUUUAAAAUUAAAACAAUGUGUUCAAUUCAGUGAUAAACAUUAGAAAAUUGCACAUAUAUAUUGUCGGAUUACAGCUUAAUUUAGUUAAUUUAUUUCAAGUGGGCUCUCACUCUAAACGUUUUCGUUAAGAACCGCCGGGUGAUUUAUUUUCAGUGGUGAUAAUUUUUUGUGAGUGGGCAAAACAUAAACUCACUGUGAUUAUUUGGAUUUUUUUCGAUCUAUCCAACUGGUUCGAUUUAUAAAAGAUACCAAAAUGUCACAUCUAGUUACCAGUGUUAUAGAUAAAUACCAUGAUAUAUUAGAAAAUAAAAGUGAUCCUAGAGUGAAGGGAUGGUGGAUGAUGUCUAGUCCUAUACCAACGUUAUUAAUAUGCAUAUUUUACGCGUAUUUUUCCAAAGUCUUAGGACCGAAGAUAAUGGAAAAUAGAAAACCGUUGAAUCUUAGAAAUGUUCUAAUUUUUUACAAUUUAGUACAAACUAUUUUUAGUACGUGGUUGUUUUAUGAAUAUCUUAUGAGUGGUUGGUGGGGUGAUUAUAGCUUUAGAUGUCAACCGGUAGAUUACUCGAAUAGUCCUUUAGCGUUAAGGAUGGCAAGUACCUGCUGGUGGUACUACUUUUCAAAGUUUACGGAGUUCUUCGAUACACUUUUCUUCAUUUUACGGAAGAAAAACAGUCACGUAUCAACUCUACAUGUUAUCCAUCAUGGUUGCAUGCCUUUCUCUGUAUGGAUGGGUCUAAAAUUUGCACCAGGUGGUCACAGUACCUUCUUUGCCCUUCUUAACGCUUUCGUUCACAUCAUCAUGUACUUUUAUUAUAUGGUCGCAGCUAUGGGCCCCGAAUACCAAAAGUACAUAUGGUGGAAGAAGUACCUGACCACUUUCCAAAUGGUACAAUUCGUCGCCAUUUUCGUCCAUCAGUUCCAAUUAUUAUUCACAGAAUGUAAUUACCCCAAGGGAUUUAUGGUAUGGAUAGCCCUACACGGGGUCAUGUUUCUAUUUUUGUUCUCCGACUUUUAUAAAGUCAAAUAUACCGGUGACAAAAAGACUGUGAAAAGCACCGACAAUGGAGCAUGUAUGCCUAUUUUGGAUGACGAAAAUUCCAACGGUAUCAAAAAAUCCAACAGCAACGGCACUCUUAACAAUACUUACAUCAAAGGGGAGUUUACGGAUUCUUAUGAAGCUUGCUAUUCGAAUGGUAGCACGAAAGGUUUCGUAACACAAUCUAUAACAAAACAUAAUAGCAAAAAAAUCGAGUAGAUUAGAUCGAAUUUUAUUUUUUAAAUAAUUUUUGUUUCUAUUUAUAAAAAAUGCGAUUUAGGAAAAUAAAAUGGUUUGGACGUGGUAGUAUAAGGGAAUUUAUAUUUUUGGAGGUAUUUUAAAUAUUAAUUUAGUUAAAUUAAUCAAUUAUGAGGUGUAGUGUAUGUAUAUAUAUAUAUUAAUGAUUUUUAUUUUUAUCGACACAAAGUUACGUCUUUUUAUUAAUGCCCUUUUGCCAUUAUCCAGUAAUUAAAUUUCUUCUACCACUUCUGACUGUUUAUAUUUUUAAAACAAUCCAAAAAUGCAGUUUCUACUUUUUUUUAGUGUAGGUAUGUUUCCGAAUACUGGUUUUAAGUCGUUUUAUUUAUUAAACUUUUUAAUUUUAUUUAUAAAAUAAACUAUGGUUUUAUUAUAUUACAAAAUAUCAGGAUUUUUUCCUCGAUUUAAAAAUUCCCACUUUUUAAUACACAUAUUGAAUUUUUUAUCUAGAACAGUUAUAUUUUUCGAAAACAGAAUUUUUUGUUAUCCAAACUUUCUAUUGGGUCAAAUGGAUCAUUUAAAUGCUUUAAAAAGUCCUGGAAAUACAGUGUGAGUUAAAAUUGUGGGAUUUUAAUCGUUAGAAACUAAUUUUUUAACUUUAUGAUCUUCCAUUUCGAUUAUUAUUUAAAAAUUCCUACUUUUUAAUACACACUAUAUAUUGAAUUUUUUAUCUAGGACAUUUGUAAUGUCAAAAACAAAAGUUUUUGUUAUUAAAACUUUCUAUUCGGUCAAAACGACCAUUAAAAUGCUUUUAAAAGUCCUAUAAAUACAGUGUGAAUCAAAAUCUGUGUUUUAAAAUCUCAAAUACCAAAUUUUUUAAUGAUUUUCACCAUUUUAAUAAUAAAACAUGAUUUUGCAUCAUUUUUUUCUGAAUAAAAAACAAAUGUAAUUAUUUUUUGAGAUCAGAAUUAAUAAAGGUACAUUUAGUUGUGGAACAACCAUUAGUGCCUCAAUUCCAAACUUUAAUUUCCAGCAAUAAUCAUUUUUAGCCUGUACUAAAUUCGUCAUAGCAUUCAAUAUUCCUUGGACAUAUUUUUCCGUUAUUAUUUUCUGUUAAUUUUUUUUAUUGAAAAAGGGUAACUCCAAAUCAGGAUACAUUGUAAGAAAAUCCACUUGAUGCAUAUAAAUAUCCACAAUAAUUUUAAAUCUGGAAAAAUUAUUUGAAAAUAAAGAUUUUUUAUUAGGAUAUGAAAAAAAUACCUGUUUUAUGUACUUAUUCGAACAAUCUUGGGCGAGUUGGACAUGGCUUUGUGUGGCAAAACAGUAUAAUGACAGUGAUAUUUUUUUUCAAUAAAAAACGCAUAUCUUUAAGAAAUAAUAUUGAGUUUUGUGUUUUUAUUCUACACAAAAAUUCAAAAUAAUUGGUCUUUCAUCAAAAAUAAACUAAUUUUAUGAAUAUUCAUAUAUUUUGUUCAUAUCCAUACAUUCUUUAGCCCUCAACAAACUAAUUUUAUAUCAACCUAGAAUUUCCUCAUCUCAAAUUGAAUCCCUAGUUUCUCAUCUUGAAUUCUAACCCUAACAUUUGGUUUUCUGGGUACUGUACACACAGUUUGUUACAACUACACUCAUAUAUACACUUUCAAGUUUUUCAAACUUCCAUUAAUUGCUAAUUUAUAUCCAGUUUGAGCCUUAUUCUAGUCCUUCUUGAAUUCUAACCAUAACAUUUGAUUUUUUGAGUACUGAACACACUUUUUGCUACAACUAUACUCACAUAUUCACUUAGUAGUUCUUCAAACUUCCAUUAAUUGCUUGUUUAUAUUCAGUUUGAGCAUCAUUCUAGUCCUUCUUGAAUUUUAAUCGUAACUUUUGAUUUUUGGGUACUGAACACACGUUUUCUACAACUACCCUCACAUAUGCAUUUUCUAGUUCUUCAAAGUCUUAUUAAUUGUUAGUUUGUAUCCAGUUAGAGCAUAAUUCUAGUCCUUCUUGAAUUCUAACUGAAAUGUUUGAUUUUUUGAGUACUGAACAUACUGUUUGCUACAAUUACACUAUCUGGUUCUUUGACCCUCCAUUAGUUGCUGGUUUAUAUCUGGUUUGAGCAUCAAAUAAUCAGAUAUUAUAAUUGUUAGUGUUGGUGUGAUGAUAUUACAGUAUCAAACUCAAUUCUAUUAUUCUAUGCCUUGUUUUAAAACUUUUUUGAUUAAUAGAAACACAAAAUUUCGUUGUUUAAAUAUUUUCAGCCCUGUUGUAUCGUCAUAUUUUUUUAUUAUAAGAACAAAAUAAUUAAAUUUCUAGCAUAGUCACACAAUCCAGUACUGAAUAAUUUUACAACAACGUAUACUGUAAUGAUGUAUUCAAAUAUUCACAUCAUCAAUUUUUUAUUUUAUAUGAAUCUUUUACUAUUGUUAAAAUUAUUUCAAAUAUAUAGUGUGUUCAAAAACCCUUAAGCUAAAAGUAAACUACAAUUGAUUUUAAAUCCUUUUAAGCUCAUUUACUUUUAUACAAAAAUUUCUCUUAAGAUAGCGGUUCUUUAAGGAUAUCAAAAUCACUACAUGCAAAUUUUGUACAUUGUAUGAGCCUGCAAUGACAAAUUGUUAACUAUAGUCUGUUUUAUUACCAUCACAAGUAAUAAAAUGGCCCUGUUGUAAGAAAUUUAUUCAUAAUUUCAAAAUUUACAGGAAAUAUGCUCAAAAAAUUGAAUCGAACAUAAAAUUUUCUUUAAAUUAAAAAGCUAUAAAAAGUAUUUUCCUAAAAAAGUUGUCCUUUCGUUAUAGUUUUCAAAUUUAUUCUGAAAUUUGUCAACAAAUAGAAUCCGAUGUAUGUUCUUUUCAAUACAUCAACGGAAAAAACUUUUGAAUAAAAGUAAAUUAAUUUAGAGGAAUAUAAAAUAACAUCUAGGAUAUAUAAUUUACAUUUGAAACUAGAGUUUUUGCACUCUCUAUAUACAAAACAAAUAGAGUCUACCAAAUUUUGUAAGUUGUAAAAUUUUUCUCGAAAAAUCUCCAAUCUUUUUACUUAUUAAGUAUUUUACCACAUAUGUGUCUAUUUUAGUGUAAUACCACUGUAAAUAUAUAUUUGUUGAGUCAGUUUAUUUAGAAUUUAAAAUUGUAUUUUUGUAUAUAAAAUAAAAAGCCGCAUUUAUUAAACAA